GUUGUUAGAAAGUUAAUGGCUGGGGAAAGAGAUCCUCCUCAACCCUCGCUUCGGGAGAGUUUCUGGAUUCCCUGAAGUAAAAACCACGUAAAUACCUUAGGAGAAGGAGCCUGGACGGACGCUUAAGUCUACAACUAGUUUGUUAACAUACGUAUCGUGAGCACAAGUAUGCAGGAUGCAGUAGCCGGGACGGCAAUGCUGACGGACGGCUUCGAGGACGAGAUUGACUCGGUGACUCCUCGCUCCCCAGCGGCAGGGAUGGGGGUAGGAGCACCGCCAGGAGGAGUCGGACUAGGGGGCAUUGGAAUUGGUGUAGGCGGAAAGAAAGUACGCUUGUACGGCGAGCCAGGCGGGCCUGCUGCAGAGAGGCUGGAUUUCAAACUAGCGGCGGCCGCCGUCCUCUCCUCUGGUCCUGGAUCCGGCAGCGACGAAGACGAGGUUUCAGAGGUGGAAUCAUUCAUCCUGGACCAGGAAGACCUGGAUAACCCUAUCAUGAAGACAGCAUCAGAGCUGCUUUUGUCCAGUGCUACAGACGGUGUGGAUUUGAGAACAGUUGAUCCAGAGACACAGGCGCGACUUGAGGCUCUACUGGAGGCAGCAGGCAUCGGUAAACUGUCCACUGCCGAUGGUAAAGCUUUUGCAGACCCUGAGGUGCUACGGCGACUGACUUCAUCUGUGAGCUGUGCCCUGGACGAAGCUGCCGCUGCCCUAACCCGUAUGAGAGCUGAGAACACACUCAAUGCUGGCCAAGCAGACAACCGUAGUUUAGCCGAGGCGUGCUCUGAUGGAGAUGUAAAUGCUGUGCGGAAAUUACUGGACGAAGGGCGGAGCGUCAACGAACACACAGAGGAAGGAGAGAGCUUACUGUGUCUUGCCUGCUCGGCUGGCUACUAUGAACUUGCACAGGUUUUGUUGGCUAUGCAUGCCAAUGUGGAGGACCGGGGCAUCAAGGGUGACAUAACACCACUUAUGGCUGCUGCGAGUGGGGGCUAUGUAGACAUAGUCAAACUGCUUCUUGUCCAUGGGGCUGAUGUUAAUGCACAGUCCUCCACAGGUAACACAGCUCUGACGUAUGCGUGUGCUGGUGGCUUCGUGGAUGUGGUAAAAGUGCUGCUAAAAGAGGGUGCUAACAUUGAGGACCACAAUGAGAAUGGGCAUACACCUCUCAUGGAGGCAGCCAGUGCAGGCCAUGUGGAGGUGGCAAGGGUACUGCUGGAGUAUGGCGCCGGCAUCAACACACACUCCAAUGAGUUCAAAGAAAGCGCUCUGACACUCGCCUGCUACAAAGGCCACUUGGACAUGGUGCGGUUUUUAUUGGAAGCUGGAGCAGACCAGGAACAUAAGACAGAUGAGAUGCACACGGCACUAAUGGAGGCGUGCAUGGAUGGCCAUGUGGAGGUGGCACGGCUGCUGUUAGACAGCGGUGCGCAGGUCAACAUGCCAGCUGAUUCGUUUGAGUCCCCUCUCACGCUUGCAGCCUGUGGUGGACAUGUGGAGCUGGCAGCCCUACUCAUAGAAAGAGGAGCCAACUUGGAGGAAGUAAAUGAUGAGGGCUACACCCCUUUAAUGGAGGCAGCUAGAGAAGGUCAUGAAGAAAUGGUAGCAUUGCUGCUGGCGCAAGGUGCUAACAUUAAUGCCCAGACAGAGGAGACGCAGGAGACAGCUCUGACUCUAGCUUGUUGUGGAGGUUUCUUGGAAGUGGCUGACUUCCUGAUCAAAGCAGGUGCUGACAUUGAGUUGGGUUGUUCCACUCCACUAAUGGAAGCUGCACAGGAAGGUCACCUAGAGUUGGUUAAAUAUCUGCUGGCUGCAGGGGCAAAUGUUCAUGCCACCACUGCAACAGGGGACACAGCAUUGACAUAUGCAUGUGAGAAUGGGCAUACUGAUGUGGCCGACGUACUGCUGCAGGCUGGAGCCAACUUGGAACAUGAGUCUGAAGGGGGAAGGACUCCAUUGAUGAAGGCAGCAAGGGCAGGACACCUCUGUACAGUGCAGUUUCUUAUCAGCAAAGGUGCUAAUGUGAACAGAGCUACUGCCAAUAAUGAUCACACAGUGGUGUCUCUUGCGUGUGCUGGAGGACAUCUGGCUGUGGUGGAGCUGUUGCUGGCACAUGGGGCUGAUCCUACGCACAGACUCAAAGAUGGCUCGACCAUGUUGAUAGAAGCUGCUAAGGGCGGCCACACAAAUGUGGUGUCCUACCUGCUGGACUACCCCAAUAACAUCCUGUCAGUGCCAGCUCCUGAUCUCUCCCAGCUCACCCCCCCUUCGCAAGACACCUCUCAGGUUCCUCGUGUUCCAUUCCAAGCUCUCGCCAUGGUGGUGCCCCCUCAGGAGCCAGACCGGGCCCCAUCAAACAUCGCCACGCCGCCACCCAUCUCCAGCAAAAUUAUGUCCAAACAGAGACAAGCAUCCCUUCAGCCUGGUGUCCCCAGCUCAGUUGGCCGAGGACCUACGGAACCUCUGCCACCCUUUCACUUGUGUCAGCCCCUAGAAUGCAUAGUUGAAGAGACAGAGGGGAAACUGAAUGAACUGGGCCAGAGAAUCAGUGCUAUUGAAAAAGCCCAGCUUCAGUCGCUGGAGCUCAUUCAGGGGGAGCCGCUCACCAAAGACAAGAUUGAAGAGUUGAAGAAGAGUCGAGAGGAGCAGGUACAAAAGAAAAAGAAAAUCCUGAAGGAGCUGCAGAAGGUUGAGCGCCAGCUGCAGCUAAAAACACAGCAACAGUUUACCAAAGAGUACAUGGAGGCUAAGGGCUUAAAGGAGGAUCAAGAGGCUGGUCAGAGCCAGGGCCCGGGCCCGGGGCCCGGGAAUACAACAUCUGUUCUCGGGCCUCUCGCCUCUGUCCAAGCACACACCAGCUCUGACACAGAUGAAGAGGCGAAUAAAGAUGGAGAGCAUGAGGAGCAUCCCGGAGAUGGAGAAGAGGAGGAAGAGGAAGAUGAUGAUGAAGAGGAUGAGGGGUCUGAAGAAGAGGCAGAGGGAGAUGACGAUUACGCCAAGCUUCCUCAGGUGGACACAAUCCUCUACAGAGAUGGGCCACAGCCACCACAACACCCUCCUCUGCCCCCUUCGCCACAAGUUCAUUCCCAACCGCCUCCUCCCCCUCUCCAAACUGCCUUUGUUCCUAGCCAGCCUUUGCCGGACUACAAUCCUGCCGAAUACCCGGGAAGUACCAGCCCAGAGCUGCAGAGGGUACUCGUUGGGCAGGGCCAGGGUCAACAGUUAGCUGGCUUGUCCCAGAAUGAUACCUCAGCAAGCCCAGACGGGCUCAUGGUAGCUACACCUGCACAGACACUCACGGACACGCUAGAUGACAUCAUGGCAGCUGUGAGCAGUCGCGUGCCCAUGCUGAACACUACAUCAUCACCCACACCUUUGUCCCAGCCGCUCACACAGACCCCUGCAAACAUCGCUUCACCUCCCUCUGUCUUGCCCCUCUACCCUUCCGUUGACAUUGAUGCACAUACGGAGAGUAACCAUGACACAGCGCUGACGUUGGCGUGUGCAGGCGGGCACGAGGAGCUGGUAUCUGUCCUCAUUGCACGAGGAGCCAAUAUUGAGCACCGGGACAAAAAGGGUUUUACGCCUCUGAUUCUGGCUGCCACUGCUGGCCAUGUAGGAGUGGUAGAAGUGCUCCUGGACAAAGGGGGUGACAUUGAGGCACAGUCGGAGAGAACCAAAGACACACCGCUCUCCCUGGCUUGCUCUGGGGGUCGCCAGGAGGUGGUGGAGUUAUUGUUGCUGCGGGGAGCCAAUAAGGAACAUCGCAAUGUUUCAGACUACACACCUCUUAGUCUUGCUGCCUCUGGGGGUUACGUGAACAUCAUUAAGAUACUCCUCAAUGCUGGGGCAGAAAUUAAUUCCAGGACUGGCAGUAAGCUGGGAAUUUCUCCUCUGAUGCUUGCGGCAAUGAACGGUCAUGUACCUGCAGUAAAGCUGUUGCUGGAUAUGGGCUCAGACAUCAAUGCCCAAAUUGAGACCAACCGCAACACAGCUCUAACCCUUGCCUGCUUCCAGGGGCGGGCUGAGGUUGUAAGUUUGCUGCUGGAUCGAAAAGCCAACGUGGAGCAUUCUUCAAAAACCGGUCUCACCCCACUAAUGGAAGCAGCUUCAGGUGGUUAUGCAGAGGUGGGCCGAGUGCUGUUGGAUAAAGGCGCUGAUGUCAAUGCCCCUCCUGUUCCUUCAUCUCGAGACACUGCCCUCACCAUUGCAGCUGAUAAGGGCCACUACAAGUUUUGUGAGCUGCUGAUCAACAGGGGUGCACAUAUCGAUGUACGUAAUAAGAAAGGGAACACACCUCUUUGGCUAGCAGCCAAUGGUGGUCAUUUUGAUGUGGUCCAGCUCUUGGUCCAUGCCAGUGCUGAUGUGGAUGCAGCGGACAACCGCAAGAUUACUCCACUCAUGGCUGCUUUUCGCAAGGGUCAUGUCAAAGUGGUGCAGUAUCUUGUGAAACAAGUCAACCAGUUCCCGUCAGACAUCGAGUGCAUGAGAUAUAUUGCCACCAUUGCUGACAAGGAGCUGUUGAAGAAGUGCCAUCAGUGCAUGGAAACCAUUGUGAAAGCCAAAGACCAGCAGGCGGCUGAGGCCAACAAGAAUGCUAGCAUCCUGCUCAAGGAGCUUGACCUGGAGAAGUCUCGAGAGGAGAGCAAGAAGCAGGCCUUGGCUGCCAAACGUGAGAAGCGUAAAGAGAAACGGAAGAAGAAGAAGGAGGAGCAGAAAAGGAAGAUGGAGGAAGAAGAGGGGCAGAAAACCAAGGAUGAGUCAUCUGAGAUGCAGGAGCAGAAGGAUGAUUCAGCCGAAGAAAUCGAGGUUCCAAUUGAGCCCCCAAGUGCAACUACCACGACAACCAUUGGUAUAUCUGCCACCUCCACCACUUUCACUACAGCAUUUGGUAAGAAGCGAGCAAAUGUGGCCACCACCCCCAGCACCCAAUCGCAAGAACAAAAGAACAAAACAAAGUCCUCGCCAAAUGAGCCUAUUAUAUUACAAGAUCCACAGGUGGCACUAGCGCAACACAAGGCUGACAAGAACAAGAUCCAUGGGGAGCCUAGAGGUGGGGGUGGGGGAGUGACAGGUGGCAACAGCGACUCUGACCCCUUGGAUAGCACAGACUGUGCCAGUGAAAGCAGCAGCAGUGGAGGCAAGAGUCAGGAGCUCAACUACCUCCCAGACCUCACCUCUUCUGCAUCUUCAUCGUCGUCGUCGUCUUCCUCCUCCUCCUCCUCAGCCCUCUUAUCGGGAGCAAGCCAGUCUCAAGCGUUUUUACCUGGUCCAGAGAAAAGACAUUGUCCUCAGCUAGUGUCUGACAGCAAGACUGACAACAAGGUCACAGUUUCCAUCUCAAAACCAACUCAAAAAGGUCCAGACUUCAGCGACUCCACCCACUCCUUGCCAUCUUCAUUCAAGACAAUGGUCCUUCCUGUCACUUCUUCUAACAGUAAAUUCAGCCUCACAAGUCCCAAGAGAGGCCAGAAGAGAGAAGAAGGUUGGAAAGAGGUGGUCAGAAGAUCGAAGAAGCUCUCUGUGCCAGCGUCUGUGGUGUCUCGGAUCAUGGGCCGAGGAGGCUGCAACAUCACAGCCAUCCAAGAUGUGACAGGAGCUCACAUAGAUGUAGACAAGCAGAAGGACAAGAAUGGAGAGAGGAUGAUCACCAUAAGAGGAGGCACAGAGUCUACAAGGUAUGCAGUUCAGCUGAUCAAUGCUUUGAUCCAGGAUCCAGCCAAAGAGCUUGAAGACCUCAUCCCUCGGAAUCACAUCAGAGCACCAGGCUCUAAAAUUUCGUCGGCUUCCUUUCCCAGUACCACAGGGGCCACCACUGGAUCAACGGGGCCAAAAGCACUGAGCUCUUUGGUCACCUCCACAGGGGUAUCGUUCCAGUCUUCAUCAUCUACGUCUUCCUCCUCUUCUCAGACUGGGGGAAAGCUUGGGAAGGGGCUAUCAUCAAAUGUGAGACAACCAUUUCCUGUCUCUCUGCCUUUGGCAUAUACCCACCCUCAGCUGGCUCUACUGGCUGCCCAGACCAUGCACCAGAUCAGACACCCUCGGCUACCCAUGGCCCAGUUUGGUGGUACGUUUUCUCCUGCUGCCAGCACCUGGGGGCCAUUCCCUGUGCGGCCUGUGAGUCCUGGCAGUGCUAACAGCUCUCCCAAACACAAUGGAGGAAGCAACAGCACUGGAAGCCAAGCAAGACCCAGUUCUGCUACCCACAGUGAGCAGAGCAACUCCGCCAGCUCAGGGGCCCCAAUCACUAACACAAUGACCACCACCACCAGUGCUCCUAAUACAGCCACAGUUACUGCCUCACCUCAUACCACAACUCCUACUCCAUACAAUCCCCAACCAAGCGUUCCUACUCCUUCCUCUGUUAAGAAACAGCUCUUCCCCGUUGAUCCCAAGCCUGCAUGUGUUAACCCUGUAUCUGUUGCUGCCAGUGUUACGAGUGGUAACAUUGCGGUAAGAGGCUCAGCGUCUCCUGCUCUUCACAGUUCCACAGCGAAUAACCCUAAUGCCUCUCAGCAGCAAGUAGGACCUGUUGCACAGCCCCCAAUCCAGCCUGCUAAAACAGAGCCCAGUGCGGUGGCCACUCCUGGAAAAGAAAAGUCCUCUGCACCAACAGAAAAUCAGCCUGUUUCUGUCAGUGAGAGCGUUAACUCUGUGGGUUUCACUGCCCCUGCUGGGGCUUUACCCCCAAAGUCAGAGGCUCGACAGCAUUUACCUCUGCCUUCCUCUACUGUUUCAUCCACAGAGGCUCCACCACCUCUUUUAAACCCUCAGCUGAGUUCCCACCUCCCCACAGCGCCUCCUCCCGCCCUGUCACACAAUGUUGCACACCCCAACAACACGGCACCCCAUUUCUCAGCCCCUGCACCCAGAGUGUCCCACCGUAUGCAGCCACCAGGGCCUUACUACUCCCUUUCUGAGCAGCAGACACAGCAGCAACAAUCAGUCUUUGUGCCCUUCAAUGCUCAGCAAGAACCACCCAAACAGACCCAAAACCAGACGUCUCAGUCCACGAGUCUGCCUCCACAGGCUCAAGCGCAAGCUCCAGGUUCCCUGCAAGUGUCAGCUAACCUUGGCAUGAUGAAUGGGUCCCAGAUUCAGCACUUGCCCAAUGCAGGAAAGUCUCAAGUGAUACCUCCAAACUUCAGUCCUGCAGGUCUCUUCAAUUUCAGCAGCAUCUUUGAUAACAAUAGCCAGGUGGGAAACAAUCAGGUGUGGGGUGCAUGUCAUCUGCCAGCUCGCUCACCUCCAGACCAGACAUAUUCUGCACCGCCAGCCUUCAUGAACAUGGGCCAGAUGGAGAACAUGAUGCCCCCACCUCCUCCAGACAGUUCCAAAGCCCCUGGCUACCGCUCUGCCUCUCAGAGAAUGGUCAACAGUCCCAUCGCUUUGACCAGCUAUGCCACCAAUAUCUCUGGUAGUCCUGUGUAUCUGCAUGGUCACACAGGUGUUGGCACACCCUCAUUCAGCCGACAGCACUUUUCCCCUCAUCCUUGGAGUGCAUCCACAUCUGGUGAGUCUCCUGUGCCACCGCCACCUACUGUGACAUCGUCCACCCUUUCCACCUCAACUAUGCCCCCUCCUCCCCAGCCCAAGCAAGGCAACUCCACGCAGCAGGAUCGCAAGGUUCCCCCACCCAUUGGCACGGAGCGGUUGGCACGCAUCAGGCAGACUGGUUCGGUCAACCCACCUCUUCUCACCACCAGCUACACAGCAUCUGUCGGACAAGGAGGCAUUUGGUCGUUUGGUGUUGGCAGUGGUUCAGAGGCCAUGUCUGGUUGGUCCCAGCCUCUGAUGAGCAGCCACAUGAUGCACCCUCAGCUGCAGGCAGAGCAGUCUGCGUUCUCUCAGCACCAGCCUAUGGAGCAGGACGAUACGGGCAUUGCAAAUCCUGCUAACAGCUAUCACCAGCCUCAGCAUAUGCCUAACAGCUACAUGGACUUCCCAAAGGGGAUGCCCAUGUCCAUGUAUGGAGGAACCAUGUUGCCCCCUCAUCCUGCCAUGGCAGAGGGGCCCGGGGGACCGAUGUGCAACGGCUUGCACGCUGGUGACCCCGCAUGGAACCCCAUUAUCAAAGUGGUCCCAAACAACGCAGAUAACUCUGACCCACAGCAGGUUUGGCCCAGUACCUGGACACCUCAUGUGGGCAACGUGCACCUGAACCACGUCAACUAGACUGUGUCCACGGCAACCAAACACACAGCAUGACCCACGGCGUAAACAUGUAAUACCAACUGACCAAUAUGACCGAAUAAGACGAAGAAAACUUGCGAAAUGUUAACUGUAGUAGAAAUCAGAGUGCAGAGGAGAGGUUGAAGAAUCGGAAGUUCUCUUGACGCCCUUCUUUGAUGUGCCUAUCCUAAAUAAGGAGAGAGGAAAUUGGGUGAGAGCUGUUGUCAGUGUCCCCAUGAUGCAAACAUACGCGAUCACCUGUUCAACAGGAUCAUCCUCUGCGUAGUUUAGCGAUUUUUGACUUAAACCCCACAUACACUGUUCUCGGGCUGCAGGGGGCUCAACAUGAAGUAGCUAUUUAAACUUGGCCCAGAACUAGAUGAUUACCUAAACAGAAAGAAAUCACAACCUUUUAGAGUGGUAAAUACAUGUAUAAUUGUUUACAUACUAAAAAGGGUUAAAAUGAGAGUAAAUUUCAUGUCGUAUAGUGGCUCUACUUUAUGUAGCCUGUAUUAAUGUGAAAUAUUUACCUUAAUAUUCAAUAAAAAGAUU